AGCGACCGAAACGUUCAUUACUUCCGUCCCCAGUCAACGUAUCCUCGUGUCACCGCCCCUGCACUGAGCUUGCCACGCUUCGCCCUUUUGCUAGGUUGGGUGCUGGGGAAAGGCUGGCGUUUGCUUUCUCUCCGUCCUCGUCUAGACGCUUCCUUCCGAAGCCUUUAAGCAACAACUUGGAGGGAGGAACCCCUAUAGAGUUCCAAGGAGGUCGAUCCCCUAAAGAUAUCAACCCCAAGUUUAGAAUCUACAAGGGUUCUAUCACUUGGUAUCAAAGCAGCAUUCUUGGCGUCUCGUUGCCCUUCCACAGCCAUCCAUCAACCCUCCACAAUCGCCCAAAGCAAUUCUCACAAUUGCUUAAAAGAUCGUUGUCAAAUUUCGUCGUCAUCUCUACCACCGCAGAUCAUCUUUUGAUCUCCCCGUGAAUUGCAACAGUUUUUGAUUUCCUACCUCACUGCUGUUGCAAUUUAGUUAUCCUUAUUCGAAAAUCCAAAAAAAAAAAAUUUUGUUCCAAAAUUACUGCAUAAACUUUUCGUCGCAAAGUUUUCAUCUCUACGACAAAAGAUACAUUGCAAAAUUCCAACCGCAUAGCAUAGAUUGUUUGAUCUUGCUACUACAUUUUUUCUAUCCAAAUCUUUACGAAAUUUUUAUGACAGCUUUGACACUUCAUAACAGUAGAUUUCCCUUUGGUUUUGUCAAAAAAUUCUCAAUAUAAACUAUUGAUCUUUUACGUCUAAUUUGUUAUACUUGAAAAUCUGUACUGUAAAAUUUCAGCCACAUAACACUGCUUAUUUGAUCUUGAUACUACAUUUUUUUUAUCCAAAUCUUUACAAAAUUUUUAUGAUAGCUUUGACACUUCUUAACAGUGGAUUUUCCUUUAGUUUCGUCGAAAAAUUCUUAAUAUAAACUACUGAUCUUUUACGUCCAAUCUGCUACACUUAAAAAUCUGUGAUGCAGAAAAUUUCAGCCGUAUAUUGUUGCCUUAACUUAUCUAUUUGCAAUCUUUUUUGAAUAAAAUUUCUUAUACACUUCAUAGAUCAUCUUGGCUUCCAUCUAAGAUUGAUCUAUUGAGGAAUUCAUCUCUAAAAAUGAUUUUGUGUUGUUGUAAAUUUUCGUCGUAAACUGCUGAAAUUUUUCGACGAGAAUUCUGCUAUCACAACUUGCACUAAUUUUCUUGCUGUUACUACCAAUACAGUAGGCAAACCUACUAACAGAAGAUGCCACUUGGGAGAACUAUGACGACUUGAAAAUCAAAUUUUCAGAAUUCAUAAAUCGUCAGCCUUGAGGACAAGACUGAUUUGAAGAGGGCGGGUCUGUUAGGACUCUAGUUAGGAGAUUACUAAUUGAGAGGGACAUUCAUGUAAAACCUACCUAAGCCGACCCCUAUUAAAGAGGUGAAGAGGUCGGUUAGGGUUAGGAGGUUGUUUCUUAGAGAAGAAUUAGGAGUUGUAAAGGAAUAAGAGUUUUGAGUAGGAGUCCUAUUAGGAGUUGGUUAGAAGUAGGAGUCUUGAGUAGGAGUCCUAUUAGGAGUUAGGGUUUAGAAGCCCUAUAAAUAGUCAUGUAUUCCUCCUCUUUUCAUAAGCAAUAGAUGAAUCUUUUCUGUAGCCUUUAAGCAGCAACUUGGAGGGAGGAACCCCUAUAGAGUUCCAAGGAUGCCGAUCCCCUAAAGAGAUCAACCCCAAGUUUAGAAUCUGCAAGGGUUCUAUCAGUUCUCUUCUUUUAUCUUUAAUUUUCUCCCUUAAUUUCAGUUAAAAGUAUCAGAACUCAUAAUUCACAUAUAAGAUCAUUAUGAUGAUUUCGCUGUUAUUAACACUGUAAUUCCUGCAGUUGUAUGAAAAGUAGAGAUUUGAAUUAAAGCCCCAUUGAUUCCUCCUCUCUGAGAGGAUCCAGCCUUUUAUUGACUUCAUAUCACAAUCAAUUAAUUUGAACAAGCAUCGGAAGCUAGAUCUGCCUCAAGUCUCGUUUCCUAUGAUCAUGAGUCUGUUUCAAAAGGCAUUUUCAGGGAUUUUCGUGUAUUUGAAUAUUAAAUUAGGUUCUUUGUGUUUAUUUUGGAGUUGGAGCACGUGAAACUUCUGUAUCUGUUACUAAAUUUGAUAAAUUUCAAGUUAGAUAAAAAUUCCUUGUAUUGAAUCUAACUGCUUGUAACUGAUCCUGAUACUUAAUUGUAUAGCCUGAUUUGGGGGACAUAUGAAUUGUUCCUGGAUAUAUAUCUCUAUUCCCUUAUAAUCACAUUCAAUUGGAUUUUAUACAGAGUCAUGGUGCAGAAGAUCACAUAUUUUCAUAACUUUUCUUUUUCUUGUUUAUAUUAUCUUAACAUGUUAAUUGUGGCAAUUGAGUGGCUUCUCUUUGAUUUUAUCUUUGGAGUUCAUAUCCGAAUGCGAACAUAUGUUUUGUAUUCAUCAGAUUGAAGUUAGUGCACUCAUAUAAACUAAAUUUGAACAGAUUUUUCUUACAGUACACAAGAACUUGAUUGAUUAUGUAGAUAGUGAUGAUUUUUUGAUUAAUUUUUACAUGGCUAUUCCAUUACAACAUUGAUAUUGGAAGGUGCAGAAGAACUGCAGUUUGAUGUGGGGCUAUAAACUUUGGCAAUAUAGCUUUUCAAGUUUAUAGUGGUCUGAAGUUGAAGGAAAAUGUCAAGAGCAAAUACACACUGGUGUUACAUUUGCAGGCAAACAGUUCUGCCACUCGGAAGGGACAUGAUCUGUCCCAACUGUGACAGAGGCUUUGUGCAAGAUUUGAAUGAGCUAGAUGGCAGCAUGAACACUUUUGAUUACUUUGGAGUGGAUUAUAGAGGCAACCAUAACGACCAGUUUGGAAUUAUUGAUGCCUUGUCUGCCUUGAUUAGGCAACAAAUGGAAGGAAGAAGCCACGAGUUUGAUUUACAUGGUAGACCCAGUGUUCCCAUGGAGAAUGGAUUGGGAUUUGGACUUGAGCGAUUGCUGCUUUUGCCUUGGCAGCUUCCUGUUAAUAUAACCGAGAACAGAGGGAUUGAGAUUAUUUUCAAUGGCGGUGCUGGAGUUGGGAUGAGACAUGCGAACAUAGGGAACUAUGCUCGUGGAUCUGGAUUCAAUGACCUCAUCGAACAGCUUACCAGAAAUGAUGGCCAUGGCCCACCACCUGCUUCACAAUCAGCCAUUGAUGCAAUGCCCACUGUCAAGAUAAACCAGAGACAUCUUCGAGGUGAUUCACACUGUCCAGUUUGCAAAGAAAAAUUUGAGUUGGGUACUGAAGCACGGGAACUGCCAUGUAAGCAUUUAUAUCACUCAGACUGCAUUAUUCCUUGGUUAGUCCGACACAAUUCUUGCCCAGUUUGUCGCCAUAGGUUGCCAUCUCAGGAAUCCAGUCAAAAUAACCAUGUGCGAAGUAGAAAUCAGUAUCUUGGUGGUGGUACAAGAAGUAAUGGUUAUGGUAAUAGCGAAAAUGGUGAAAGCCAAGCUAGGAGAAAUCUUUUCUCCUUUCUAUGGCCAUAUUAUACUUCAAACACUGCUAACUCUAGCUCAAACGAGUCAAGUAGGAGUAGUUCCACUGCCGUGCAUGAAGAUAUCAACCAGAUGCAUUAUACUGGAUGGCCCUUUGAUUAUUAAGAUCUUACCUAAAUAUUUAGUUGUUAUCACUGAACUCGUUAUAGAUCUUGUUUUUUUUUUUCUUUUAUCAUCUUUCGACCCCUUAUGUAGUGUGUUUGUGGCUUAUACUUUUGUGAAUGGCUCUAUUAUGAAUUAAUGUGAAUAUAAGUGUUGUGCUGUAA